AUGACCAAUAAACUUUUUAUUACCUGGAUUUUGCUCUUUGUGACUCUGGGAGAAGCAGAGAAUUCGUUUAUCAGUUUUCUGAGCAUAGCAAAGACUGGAAUACUAUUUUUCACAAAGACAGAAGAAUCCUUUAUUGUACAGUCAAGGUACAAAGAAAAAUGGCCGAACUCCAGCCGCCUCUCUGUGCUCCUAGAAGAUCCUACGGUGCUGCAAGUGGUGAAUGUAACCAAGACCUUCUCAGAUAUUAUGAACUUCACCAUAAACCUACUGACAGGGGAAGGAGGAGAGACAAAUGUGACCAUUCAGCUAUGGGAUUCUGAAGGUAGGCAAGAAAGACUCAUUGAAGAAAUUAAGAAUGUCAAAGUCAAGGUGCUCAAACAAAGGAAAAACCACUCCUUUCUAGCAUCAAUGCAUCUUAACCAGAAUGUUCUCAUGGUAAUUCUCCCAAUGAUACUGUUAAAUAAGUGUGCAUUUGGUUGCAAGAUUGAACUGCAAGUGCUUCGGACAAUAUGGAAGAGACCUUUGCCAGUCAUUCUUGGGGCAGUUACACAGUUUUUUCUCAUGCCAUUUUGUGGGUUUCUUUUGACCCAGAUAUUGGCAUUGCCUGAAGCACAGGCUUUUGGAUUUGUCAUGACUUGUACAUGUCCAGGAGGGGGUGGGGGCUAUCUCUUUGCUUUGCUUCUAGAAGGAGAUGUCACUUUGGCCAUCUUAAUGACUUGCACAUCCACAUUAUUGGCCCUUAUAAUGAUGCCUUUUAAUUCUUUCAUAUAUAGUAGGAUGUUGGGGUUAUCAGGUACAUUUCAUAUUCCGGUUUCUAAAAUCAUGUCAACACUCCUUUUCAUACUUAUACCGAUAUCAGUUGGGGUAGUCAUCAAGCGUCGGAUGCCCGAGAAGGCAGACUUCCUAGAGAGAAUAAUUCGGCCGCUGAGCUUUAUUUUAAUGUUUGUAGGGAUUUAUUUAACAUUCAGAAUGGUAUUAGUGUUUUUAAAAACUCUUAACCUGGAAGUGUUUCUUUUGGGUCUCAUGGUUCCUACUUUGGGUUUGCUGUUUGGAUUCUCCUCUGCUAAAAUCUGUAUGUUGCCUGUUCCUAUGUGUAAAACCGUUGCAAUUGAAAGUGGGAUGAUCAAUAGUGUCCUAGCACUUGCUAUUAUCCAGCUCUCUUUUUCACCUUCUGAAGCAGAAACAGCUUCUGUAGCCCCUUUCACAGUAGUGAUGUGCUCGGGAUGUGAAAUGCUACUGAUCCUAUUGGUUUACAAGGCUAGGAAAACAUGGAUCCUUGGAAGAGACAGAAGGGGGAAAAAUGCCCUAGUUUAA